GCCUUUUGCCCUGCGUGCAGUGCGCACCAAAAUAGAGUUUGCUGUGUGUCCUCCGCCGCUCGAUUCGAAUUCAUUCUGUGUUAUUUGCCAGAGGAAGAAAUUGAGUAAAUAUAAAAAAAAACCCACCCUAUAUAUUUUUUUUCGCUAGAGGAAGCACAUUUUUCCUCGUUUUGGGUACGUGCAUUUGUGAUAUAAGCCGAAAUUAAUUAAUUGAGAAGUUGAUAGUAAUCAGCUUCUCGAUAAUUGUUGUUUUUUAAGGGAAAAUUGCGGAAAAUCUAUUCUAUCUGGUGAAAACAGGCUGCGUGAAAAUUUGAAGAAAAACAACAACGAGGCGACCGGACUACGAGGAAAAAUCAAGUAUCGAUCUUCGGCGGAUAUCGUUCGUUAGUGUUGGUAUGUUGAUGUUGCUACCGGUGUAUUAGUGUGCCAGUGAAGUGUGUACGUGAACCCCCCACAUCACAAAUCUAGCAACAACAACAGUGUGCCGCUGUGCCCGGAGAUUUGGCUCUUCGAGAACAUCAAAACAACAAACUGGUUGAACAACAUCGGCGGACACACCGCAUCACACAAACACUAAUAGCGUAUUCGGCCGCCUACUGAUUUGGUUGGAAACCCCCCGGUUUGGAAAAUAAGAGGGCGCUCAGAGUGAACGCGUAUUGGUGCGGCGCGAUUGCGUUCUUCGAAAUAAACAAACAAAUCCGUCGCCGAGUUCCGCCGAGUAAGAAAAUCGAAGACAAGUGUGCAGUGCGCAAGUGUUGGUGUACACUGUGGUACGUCGUCUUCAACAUUCGUUGCAUAUUCCCCGGGUAGUGUUUUUUCGGUGUUCACCAAGGCACAGAAUAUUUAGCUGGAAUAUUUAUUUUUACUGUUUUCCCUACCUAAACUGCUGCUCUGUGGAGAACGAACUGUUACGAAAAGAGAAAAAUUCAAGAAGAACAGAUAGCAAGCAAGCCAGAAAAAAACUGCUGCCGUUUUCGAAACAUUGUUAUUUUUUCGGUCUGCACUUGUAAUUCGAGUUGGAAAAUUUUCGCAACUUCAUCUGGGCCAUACACUCGGUAAUGCAUCUGAUCCAUCUUGUUGAUUUGUUGAACCAUUGACCAAAAGUAAUAAGACGCCAAAAACACCAAAAAUCCCUUGCCAAUAAGUUAUGUCCAGCGGUACCACUAAGUUUCAUAUGCCCCAGCCCAUAGUGAAGCAAGAAGUUCAGAAGGAGCACCAAUCGGCAACGGUCGGCAGUACAACCGGCGGCAGCAGUUCGUCAUCUGCGAACGUGGUCAAAGUUUUGCAGAACCAGGUGCAGUACGUUGUGGCCAACAGUAGUAGUAGUAGUAGUAGUAGCACCAGAAACACUACCAGUAGUAAGGGUUCUUCGAACGUUGCCGAAAAUAAUGGCACUGUGAAGCAGCAUUCCUCGGUGUCUGUAACGGCGGCGGCUUCGGAUUAUGUUUCUAGCAGUGGCUGUCCAGCAGAAAUGGCAGACGGCGGCGACGUUAAAGUAGUGAUCAAAUCGACGGCGGUAGGCGGUGGUGGUGGAGUUCUUCCGGUAGCCGGAAGCGAGCCGGACUCGAUCGAACAGCAGGAGCAAAGUAUUAUUGCUGCCCUCUAUCAGCAGCAACAGCAGAACAAUAUUUCCAAGAAUGGUAGUAGCAGCACAGGCGCCACCAAUCAGCGGCUGUCUUCGCAGCGAUCAACUCCCGUGUCAUCUCCCUCCCCGCCACCUUCUCAGCAGCAGCCCACAGGCAACGGAAGCAGCACCGGUACGGUGGAAUCUUCCGCGGCCUCCACCACGACCAGGACGAUUGCGGGGGCGUACAAACUCAGCAACGGUUCGUCCAGCAACAAAAUGAGCGCUCCGGCAGCAGUUCAACCGGCCGUAACGGUGGCUCCGGCCAACAGUGCCGCCACCCCCAACACGGCCAACUUUCACAACUUCAUCGGCCGGCUCAUCAGCAAGGAUAACAUGCUUUUGAUAAGCGAGGACAUCAUCGAAGUGGGUCGCAAUUCAUCCAAGUCACAGGUUGACUUUCACGUUGGCAAAAAUAGCUUCGUUUCCAGGAAGCAUUUCAUUAUUCAGCACGACAUCCACGAUGAUUUCAACCUGUUCUGUUUGAGCAAGAAUGGGGUCUUCAUCGACAACGUGUUCCAUCGGAAGUGUGCGGAGCCAUACAAGUUGCCAAAGGUUUGUAGCAUCCGUUUUCCCAGUACAAAUAUCAAGAUUCAGUUCGAGAAUCUGAUCGAUCAAGCAAACAAUGGAGGCAUUUCGAUAGACCUGAACCAGCACACGCCAAUUAAGGUGGGCACUGGGUCGGGUGGAAGUGCGGCGGCAGCAGCUGCAAUCGCUGCGGCCGGAGGAAAUCUCAGCUCCGGUGGUGGAAACAACACGACCACGACGUCAAUGGUGUCCGGAGGCAAAUCGCCAAAUUCGCCAAACAUCGUCUACUCCCCGCUGAAGAUUUCCAUUCCCGAGCAAAGCGGCGGCAGUAACCCGAACCUGGCCGUCGAUAUUCGGGGUCACCACCAUCCAGGCGGUGGCGGUGGCAGUCUUAGAGAUAGUAGUGGAGGCAUGCACAUGAGUGGCAGUGGUUAUCCGUCUCCAACGGGGACAAUAAGUGCGGCCAACAGUUGUCCGACAAGCCCUCGGCAGAAUGUUCACGAGUUCCCGCAGUAUAGUCACAAUAGUCAUAGUAGCAACAACAAUAAUUAUGCCCAAGAAUUUCAAGCACCCGCCUCUCAAACCGUGCCCGAAGGUGACAAACCUCCGUAUAGCUACGCACAACUUAUUGUGCAAGCCAUCUCGGCAUCGCCGGAAAAACAACUCACGCUAUCCGGCAUCUACUCUUUCAUAUCGAAAAACUAUCCCUACUACAGGACGGGGGCCAACAAGGGUUGGCAGAACUCCAUCCGGCACAAUCUCAGUUUGAAUCGAUACUUUAUCAAGGUGCCACGAUCGCAAGACGAACCGGGCAAGGGCAGCUUCUGGCGGAUAGACCCGUCCAGUGAGCUGAAGCUGAUCGAUCAGAGCUACCGGAAGCGACGCCAACGGGGCUCUCAGUGCUUCCGGACGCCGUUCGGUAUGCCCCGGUCGGCACCGGUUUCACCGAGCUACAUGGAGGCUGGAUCGCGCGAGGGCUCCCCCAUCCAGGACGAGCUGUUGCUGACGGCGCCGGAAUCGCCGCCCGGCCCGCAGAACAACAGCGGGAACCUUAGCUACGGGUCCAGCAAUCACGACGGCUCCUACCAGCAUCAGUAUACGGCGUACGCGAGCGGCGUCGAGCACGGUGGCGUCGUCGAUGUGUACGACGACGACGACGCGGUCGAGUACGACAGUGACGAGUACGAAACUGUGGUCCCGACCCCGGUCAAACGCCAAAAGAUCUAGAAAGCAAAGAAGGAGGAAGCAAAUCUGUGGAUGUUCCAAAAUUUUGACUAAAACGAACCAUUUCGCACCCGAAAGAAACAACUUAACACUACAAUAGAGUUCUCCCAACAGAUUGUAUCUGCUCCAUCGUCGUUAAGAAUGCUCCACGAGUAUCAUCAGAAGCAUCAUUCAUUUUCUGAAGAAGCAACAAUGCAUCUGUAAGCAGAACGAAGAAAUUAAACAGUGCACAGAUGCAACACCUAAUAUGGGUGUAAACUCACUCAAACAGAACAGAGUUUGCAUCCAAUUUUAAAGAAAACUAGACAAAUGAUUACAGUCAACAGCUCACACCCACACAAUUUCAAUUUAAGCGCUCUUGAUGGUCUCUUUCACAUAAUUGUCGUUGUCGAUUUUACGGUCGUGUCGCUCUUUUUCUUACUUUAAGAAAGGCGCAUCGCCAAAUCACAAAAAACUUACAUACACACACGUACAUUCAUAAACAAACAAACACAAAUUCUUUUCCUUUAUCAGUGUAAUCUGCUAAAAUAGUUAUACUUAUAUAAAAAUAGUUCUAUUUGUAAAAGGAAAAUUCAAACACACGAAAUUACUAGCAAGUGAGAGUAUGAGAUUUUUCUGUCUUCUCUGCGCAUAACUCAAAUAAACGCAAUCAUCCCCACGCAUCAGAACAACCACCCCAUAAAAAACAGACACAAAUAAAAACGUCAUUCAUACAUUUAUUUGAAAUGAAUGCACCGUUCAUUAAUUGCAACCACCAUUCAUAGGAAACGUAAGGAAUAAACACAGAUUAUACACACAAAAAACACCGAAAGGGAUUAGAGUUUGCAAACAAACGCAAGUGAACCCAAGAAAUGAUACAAUUUAUAUAAUUAUUAUAUAAAAUCAAAAGAAACACUUCACAAACAGCAAACCGGAUAAUCUGAAGAGCAGAAUUACAUUUAAACUUCUAGUUAUUAAUGGAUGUGAGCAAGAAAAAAAACUAUACAAAUCUAAAGGUAACUAAUUUAAAAUCCACAAACUCUGAGCAAAUGAGAUAAAAAACAAGUAUUUAGUGUUUAGUAAAAUGUCUCUUUUAUUGAAUAAAAUUAUGAAAAAAUAUACAAAAACAGAAGAAAAAUCUGUGCGUACGCUUCGAGUGCCAAACUUGUGGGUUGGUAGAAAGAACAGACAUAAAAAAAAUGUUUCUUUGAUCGGGCAAAAUGAAUUUUUUCGCAGUAUAUUUUUCAAAUGCCCUCAUUCAGAACCGUCGCAACUUUGUGCUUUUAAAUAUAGAAUACAAUAACUCGGUCUCAAGACACGGGGUUAAGUCAACUGACGUUUGUUGGUUCAACUCAAAAUGGUGGUCUGAUUCGUUGAAAAACACACAUGAAUUGGCACUCAGAGCGUAUGUAGGUAAUAUAUUAGAAAAAAAAAACAACAGCUGCAAUCUGAUAAUUGUGAAACCCCUCCCCUAAUGGAAUAAAAAAAUAACAGAAACACUCUCACGUUAAAUGAGAGGAAAAAAAAUAGUAAAAAUGAAUCAACUGGUGAAACUGGAACAGAAUAGUCUUUAACGAAUGCACACGCAAAAAAAAAAUCUAUCAAGAAAAGAAAUCUGAUUUGAUCGUGUGUGUGUGUCAAAAAAAAAGUAGUACUAACUACAGAGCAAACAAAAUCGUACGGCUAGCAAGUAGAAUAGGGUUUAACAAAAUUAGAAACAGUUGAAGAACGGAUCAGAGAGAUAGAGAGACGACAGGUUUUAGGGAAGAAGGUUACGCAAAAUCAAAGCCAGAUUCAAAAUGCGCAAUCCACCACACACUCGUCAAACACCUCUAAAUUAUAAUAGCGAAUUGAAAUUUUAACAAAAGAAAAAGAAAGGCAUAUUCUUUCAGCGGAUCGUUGAUCUGUGCCUAGUACCUAGUAGGUUUUCCCUCUUGAUUCUCUUCUGCCUUUCCUCUGUACCCUCAACAGUUUUUGCCUAUGAAUAGUGAUAGAAGGAUAACCCAUCAACGGAAUCGUAUGGCAUGGAUUGGACAAACUAGGACAAGCUUACCGUGUGAGCUUGCUGGCAAAAGUACGGAAAAUGUGUAGGUAAUUUAGGAACCGAGUCAAAAGCUUUCCGGAAUAAAAUGAAUCAAAUAAAAAUGUUUGGUGUAAACCAGAGAAGCGUAGAUUCAAAGUGAUCAAUCUAAUUGAUUACUUUAAAAUAAAUUAAAAUUAACAAAAAUAAAUUUUCGGUCCUUAUUUCCAUUCUGGUUUGUGGCCGCCAUCGAUAGUCGGUGUUUCCUGAGGUAUUUUUCCUCGCAGGCGGUUCCCAACACAUCAAACCGCAUCGGUAAAAGGUCCGCAGAAUGAUUCCAAACGAAAACCUCUUCACUCGAGUAUGUUUAACUACUGAUGUGCAAACAUGUGUAUGUAGGACAUAGUUUGCUGAUGAAAAAUAUAUAAGUAACGGACAAACUCUCCAUAGAAGCACUCUGUGUGGAUCGUUUUUAGUGUGUAGGUCGAGUGUGAGGAUGAUGAAAAUGUAGAAACAAAAGCAAAAAAAUAAAAUAAAAUAACAACCACCACCACCACCCGAAAAAACGGAUUUAAGGUUUAGGAAACGAGGACGAUGAUACUGUAUAACUUAAUUGUAUUUGUUUAAAUGUAAAUUUAUUAACAAUAUAAAAUGAAAUGGAAGGAA